GAAAUUGCAUAUCAUAGCAUACUACACCAACCAUUUUGUCACACUCUGUUGUAGCCUCAAAGAAAAAGGCAAAAACAUACUUCCCUUUCUCAUAUUUUCUCUAAGCCUACACAAACACAAGUAUGAGGCCUAAAGCCCAUCAAACCCUCAACUUGAAGCUCCUCGUUGUAGCAGUGUUGGUUGCCUUUUUUCUCCUCUUCGUGCUAAGAUCAAACUUCUCUACCUCCAUUUCCAACCAAGACCCAUCCCCAGCAACGCAAGCAUCUUCUCUGCUACCAAAACCUUCAAGCGAUUGUUCCCUAACUUGCAACAAGAUCCCACCUUCCCUCUCCCAAGCUCUCAUCCACUACUCAACCUCAACCAUAACCCCACAACAAACACUGAAAGAGAUAUCCGUGUCAGCAAGAGUUCUGGAGAAGAAAUCACCCUGCAACUUCCUAGUCUUUGGGCUGGGGCAUGACAGCCUCAUGUGGAGUGCACUUAACCACGGUGGGCGAACAGUAUUCCUGGAAGAAGAUGAAGCGUGGAUCGAGCAAAUCAGGCGUCGAUUUCCCAUGCUGGAGUCAUACCACGUGACCUAUGACAGCAAGGUGAAUGAGGCUGAGAAUCUAAUGGAGGUUGGGAGAGGACCUGAGUGUACUGCAGUAGGAGACCCUAGAUUCUCCAUGUGCCAACUUGCUUUGAAAGGUUUACCUACCCUUGUCUAUGAAACCAAAUGGGACUUGAUCAUGGUGGAUGCACCAACUGGGUACUAUGAGGAAGCCCCCGGGAGAAUGACCGCUAUCUAUACUGCUGCCAUGAUGGCCAGGAACAGAGACGGUGGAGAGACGCAUGUGUUCGUUCAUGAUGUCAACAGAGUCGUCGAAGAUAAAUUCUCAAUGGCUUUUCUCUGUGAGAAGUACAUGAAGAAACAGGAAGGCAGACUGAGACACUUCACCAUUCCAAGUCACAGGGAUCACUUGGACACGCCUUUUUGCCCUCAGUAGAUCCUCUACAUACCUUCAAUCUUAUUGCAUUCAUCCACUCUACUCUACUCAAAAGUUUUUUGUGGCCCAAUGUUGUGUAUUCAUGAAGCAUGGCAGAUCUAGAUUUUAUCAUACACGCAUUUGUUUACUAGAGAAAUUUUUCAUCCACAUAUUACGUGGAACUUGGAUCCGCAAUAAAUUCAUAUUAGAUUAAUUUGUAUCAUAUGGAUGAAAGCUCUAGCUACUGAGCAGGCGUU